AUGGCCACCCGACCCCAUCUCCGUGUCCGCGAGGCCACGCCGGCUGAUGUUGAAGCGAUCGUGGAUGUUUACUUCGCAGCCUUUGACGAAAACAUCAUGAACCAGCUUAUGUACCCUCACGGGGUCUCCGCCGAAACGAGAAACAAGUUCGGAGCCAGGCUCCUUCCACCGCCUGCCUCUGAAGACGCUGGAAAAGACACUACGACAAAAGGGCAGACCUUGGUCUACGUUGCCGAAUACCUACCAGAGGGCACGUCCACCGAUAGCCCGGGAGAAAUAGUCGCUUUCGGAAAGUGGCUGCUUCAACGUGGACCGCGCCCUGAGGAAGAAUGGAAAAAUGAAAACUUCACUGCCACAGCCGAGGUAUGGGGCGAUGAUUGCGAUCUUGGCGUUGUGGACGGCUUUAUUGGGUUGAUGAACCGGAGCCAAAGCGAGCAUGCGAAAGGGGAAGCAGCGUUAUAUUUGGGCAUUCUUGCCUGCAGUCCCACCAAACAGCGUUCAGGGGCUGGAUCCGCGCUUGUCGAGUGGGGUGUCAACCUCGCCGACAGCCUCGGGCUCCCUUGCCGACUCGAGUCAUCCCCGGUAGGCUAUGGUCUCUACAGGAAGUUCGGCUUUGAGGAUGUUGCGGCCAUUGACGUCAAGAUCACUGAGAAGUGGGGGGGGACAAACGCAAACGGGAGUAACUGGGGGGCAAACAACGCCAUCGCGCUGGCUGGCCCACUGCCGGAUGGGGUUCAACGCACCGUCAUCAUGAGGCGGUCACCGAAAAAGGCAUCGUCUUCAUCUCCCAAGGCAGCAUUGGAUCGGUCAUAUCACCAAACGCCCGAACAGCAUCGAUUGUCCGGUUCAACAGUCGUCACAACCAGCCCGGCGAUCUCCCCGGGAAGCGGGUGCGGGCCCUCGGAGAAUAUGGAUCCUCUCAGCGCCGCGGCUAAUAUUAUUCAAAUCAUCAACGCCGCAAACAAAGUUAUCAACCUUUGCAGGCGGUUCCUGGAAGUGGUGCGGGAUGCCCCCGGCGACCUGCGCCUCAUCCUCGUCGAAGUCUCGACCUUGAGGGCCAUUCUGGACGACCUCCACUUCCUCGUCUCAUGUAACCAAGGACCAUCAACUCUAGACACCCUCACACGCGACCAUGGCCCGGUCGAGGGAUGUCGGAAAGUCGUGUCCGAGCUGGAAGACAUGCUGCCAGCUGAAUCUCUGUUCGCUACUGAUUCCAAGAGGAAGGCUGUAUUGGCUGCCAUGAGCUGGCUCUGGAAGGAAUCCAGGGCAAAGACACUGCUGGAUGAGCUCAGGGAAUAUAAGAGCACCAUUGCUCUAGCGCUUACCACCGAUUCCUCUCUGGACAUCAAAGAGACAAAGAACAACACGGAGAAGAUUUACGCUGCUCUGACCGACGCACAAGAACAAAAUGUUUUCAACUGGCUCAUUGCCACGGACCCGACCGAAAUACACGAAAGGUCCCGCGAUACAUACGAGCCGGGCACCGGAGAGUGGCUAUUUCGCUCCCCUGAGUGGCAGUCAUGGCUCGGAGAGAAAACCCGUUGUCUCUGGAUUCACGGCAUACCCGGCGCCGGAAAAACCAUCUUUGCAUCCCACUUGAUCGAAUCUGUCGGGAUGCAUUGCGGGCGCCAGGGGUCGGGGUACGCUUGCGUCUACUACUAUUGUUACUUCGGCCAUUCUCAGGACGAAACAACCCCAGUUUUGCGAUGGAUCCUGCUUGAACUGUGCCGCCAGCUUGGCCGUGUACCCCUUGCUGUACACGAGUUAUACCGACGGGGUGGCAACCCAAGCCCUAGAAACUUACUCGCUACCCUGGAACAGGUCAUUCAGGCUUUUGACCGCGUUCAUGUCAUCAUUGAUGCGGUGGAUGAGAGUCUUCAGCGAGAGAAUCUACUCCGAGUCUUGCGGGAUCUGGCCGUCGAUGGACGAUUCGAGAAGCUCCGGCUGCUAGCAACCAGCCGUGAGUACUUGGACAUCGAGGAAGUCAUGGUGGAUAUUGCGACGCCAGUAUCGAUGCGGAACCCCUUCGUUCACGACGACAUUGUCUUGUACAUCAAGUCAAGACUUGACACUCACCCUCGGCUAAAACGUUGGCCGGAGAUGCUUCGAAAGGAGGUUCUUAGAGCGUUAUGCAGGGGAGCAAACGGCAUGUUCCGAUGGGUUGUGUGCCAAAUUGAUGCACUGCAACGUCUAAAACCUGAUAUCAAAAUCGUUCAGGCAGCGUUAGCCAACCUACCCAAAACUCUGGACGAAACAUACGAGCGCGUCUUCUCACGCAUCCCUGAAGAUGCCCGUUUAUUCAUCAAACACGUCCUGCAUUGGUUGAGCACCCAUCGACUCAUUCACCAAGCCAUUCCCGGAGCGGAACCCAUAGCCACUUGUGACCUUUCUAAGAUCCAGAUCCCGCACUCGGCCGACAUCCCCUGCUCGGUUUUAUUCGCGGCCGUUCAACAAAGCCUGGCUCACGAGGAAGAAUGUGACCCUCUGUUCUUGGAUGGCUACGUUCUGGACGAAGACCUACUCCGCGAGCUCUGCGGAUGCUUGGUGACAGUGGGAACAUAUACGAUAAGAACCAAUCUUACGGACAACGGGGAAAUGCCUGUUCUAUCGUUCGCCCAUUACACAGUUCUCGAGUUUCUCGAGUCUCGUCGAAUACGCUCCAGUCCCGCUGCGCUCUUCGCACUUGACCGAGACCGUGUGCUUGCCGAACAUGCCACGGUACUGCUUCUUGGGGCAACUUCAAGCGUGGACCAAUGGGGCUUGGAAAUGCCCGACAAACCUGGGACAGAUGUCUAUGGCGAUUUCGACCGUUAUUGCGCCCAGUCGUCGGCGAUCUUGUUGCAUUGGCACACCGCUCUGCUCGCUUCAUCGGGGACGACAUCAUGGGUAUCAGCCGCCGUUCAACUGCUCCAGGCUCGUGCGCCGUAUCUUGGAGGCCUUUUCUGGUACCCUCUAGAAUGCUUCCUCCGCUCGCCGCCUCCUGAGCCCCAUAUUGAGCCCCUUGUUCGAAUGCUUCAGGUUGACGAGCGGGCUAAUCUGGCUCGAGCGUUGUUGACGAACCUGGGCCGGACGGCCGAAGACCUCGCGUCCCAAGUCGACCUCGAGUUUCAACCGGGCGCCUUCUUUUCUGGAACCGACGUCUACUACAGAAGUAGGUAUCCCCGUGACUUUCUUGGUACCUUCCAUUUCCGCGGCUCUGUGCUGGAAUUCUUUGCCCAUUUACCCUGCUGUGGAUGGUCACAACCAUGGCAGGGUCUUUACGAAAUGCUCGAUUUCGCCGCCGGGCAUUUUGACCCGUCAAGGAUUCUGCUGUUUGUUGUCGCAAACCACCAGCAUGAUGUGGUUUGUGUUGGUCUGAAAACCGCGUGUUGGGGUUGCCUCAUUUUGAAGAAAUUGCUACAGCUUGGGGCACGGUCAACCAUCCCCGGAUACGCUGUUGGGUCAUUACAGGUCGCAGCCGCACUGUUAGAUUCCGAUAGUGUGAGGAUCAUGCUUGAGGCAGGCCUCGACCCCAACGAUAUUGGGGAUUUGGGGGGCGAAAUCGGUACACCGGACAAGGGGCCGAUGCUCGGAGUGUUCAACAGCGUCAAAGGGCAAAGUGCUUUGCAUAUUGUGCAGGCGAGGCGUACUCGUGCCGUGUACUAUGUUACGAGGAGCGUUUGGUAUAUGGAGGACCGCCCCUCCGAACCUGGGCCGAUCGAGGACCUCCUGAUUCAAUACGGCGCAAGGAAUUUCAACGCAUUGUCGGAUCCGGAUUCCUACCUUGUCGCUGAGAUGGAAACGGUUCAGAUCAGCAUUUCGGAGACUGGAGGCUAUGGAGAAGAUGGAGCUCAUACGAUGCAGCAACAAGGGACGGAUGGCGGGCUCGUUCUGGUGGCAGGUGGAUAA